GGGACAAACAGUAGGUGACGGUAAUGCAACAAUAAUCAGGAUGCUCGUCAGUGAGGAAAAUGAAUGAAACGAAGAAGAAGUGCUCUCAUUCAUUUGGACGCCAACAGCGAAAAAAAAGUAAUUAAAUUUAAGAUGGACGAAGAAGAACAAGCACCGAAGUUUCCCUUCUUGGCGUUACCAUGGGACGACAUACUGGUGCCACAUAUUUUAUCCUAUUUACCUUUGACACAGCUCGUCAUCUUGCAAAGAGUGAGUAAGCAGUUCCGGAGCCUCAUCCGGGUCUUCUUCGCCAGGUGCAGGAGUUUUGAGCUCGGUUCAUCUUUUAUUCCAAAGGAGGCCGUUGGCUCACUGCUGAAGGACAGCAGAGAUCUUCGCAAGCUGUCACUCGUGAACUGCUCCUCCUGGCUGACGGACGAGGAGCUGCUGCCCGUCAUCAACCGGAACCGGCGUCUGAUGUCGGCGGACUUGAGCGGAUGCGUGGGGUUGACCAGCCGUUCACUGGUUGCCGUGUCGUUGAACUGCGUACACCUGCAGAGGCUCGCCGUGGCCCGCUGCCACUUCGUGGACGGGCCGUUACUGCGCGUCCUGGCCGACCGCUGCGGGGCGCUUCGGUGGCUUGACCUCAGCGGCUGCUGCCAGCUGAAUGACGACGGCAUCUGCUACCUGGCGAAAAAGUGCGCCGGGUUAAGCUUUCUCUCUCUGGCUACGAAUGAAAAGAUCACGGAUGAAUCUGUGGAGGAGGUGGCCAAGAACUGCAGGAGCCUCCAGCAUCUGAACCUCAGGUGCUGCCUGCGGGUUCGGGACCGGGCCAUCAGGACCGUUGCCGAGUACUGCCCGACGCUGAAGUCCUUGAAGGUGAAACACUGCCCCGAUGUGACCGAGUCCAGCCUGGAGCCUCUGCGCAAGCGCAACGUGCUCGUUGACGUUCCUUCGCCGCCGGGGAGGGAGCGACUGGUCGCCGCGCAUUAUGGUCCAUAUGUCAAUCUCCAGGUAUAAGCCAUCUCCACCCAGUUGAAGAAAUUGUUUACUUUUGUGUUGGCAUUUUAUCGAAACGCAAGCACAUUUUAGCACACUAAAAAUGCCUUUUUUCGGCCAGUUUAAAAUAUCUAUAAAACUGUGUUAUAUCCUUACUUGAGCCAUUUUUUUUCGUCUCGCUGUUUAAAUUUAGUUUUGUUAGCAGCGUAAAAGUUGACUGUGUACUCCGCACGUAUGACAUCACCUUUUAUGCCUUUUCUUGACUUGUGAUUGUUUCAAACGGCCUUUGAUGUAAACUUGGCAACCAAUGUCUUUUGAUAUGUUGAAAGGUUUUUAUGUCUUAUCUGAUAGAGUAUGGGCGACACGGUGAUUCAAUGGUAAAAUGUUGGCCUCACAUUUCUGAGGACCCAGGUUCGAUCCCGGCCUCGCCUCUGUGGAGUUCCCAAGUUCUCCACGUGGCUGCGUGGGUUUUCUCCGGGCACUCCUAUUUCCUCCCACAUCCCCCCCAAAAAAAAACCAUCCAACAUUAAUUGGACACACUAAAUUGCCCCUAGGUGUGAUUGUGAGUGCGACUAUUUGUCUCUGUGUGCCCUGCGAUUGGCCGGCAACCAGUUCAGGGUGUGCCCAGCCUCAUGCCCGUUGGCAUCUGGGAUAGGCUCCAGCAUUGACCCUCGUGAGGAUAAGCGGUAAAGAAAAUGGAUGGAUGGAUAAUACAAUAUGGUACUGUCGCUGAAAGGAUAAGGAGGAAAUAUGGUGCACUAGUAAUUAGCUCAUCUACCCUGCAGCACAGAGGCAAUUGGUUCGAAUCUGUGCAAUUCAUAUUCCUCAUGUUCCAAAAAUUGUUUUUGGUUGGCAACCAGUUUAGGGUGUAUGCUGCCUCUUGCCCACUUUCAGCUGCGACAGGGUACAGCUAACCCAAAUGAGUCCAAAAACUGUAGAAAACUGAUUGAGAGAUUAAGUCAUGAUAUUACUAAUUUAUUUAUCAUCCAUACAAUAGCCACAUGUGGAUUUGUUUGUUUUCCAGUCACAAUUAAUAAGUGUCAAAAAAUCUUCUGUUUUAUUGGACACGAAAUCAGAUAUUAAUAGUAACAUAAUUGAGCUUUAAAGAGUUAGCUAAAGUAAGUUAUUGUGUUGUUUAAUUUGCACUUGCACUUUGUGCCAACGUACUGGACAAAGUGUAUUGACAAAAUAUGUCCCUACUACACCAAAACAAAGUUAUUAGCCAAUAAUUAGUUUAAUGGGAUCAACCCAUUUGAUGUUUUUUUUUUUUUCUGGUUUCAGAAACCCACUUAUUCCAAAAUGUGUACGUAUUUUGAGAAAUGUAGAUUCUUAAUAAACAACGCAAUGCAAAUAAUUCUUUUCUCA